UGCGAACAGCUUGGUGAGUCAGGCUGUGUGAAAGGCGCCCGGGUGAAGUUUCUUUGUUGAAGUUGGUUGUGUUUGCUGUGUGAACGAACCUACGUCUUCCGCUGCAGGGAGAAAGUAACGGCCAGAUAUUGGACAAUCUCUGAGCGACAGCGUGCUCAGACACUCGGCAUAGAGCUGUGUAGUGGUCACUGGCAAAGAGAGUGAUGAAGGACAGCACGGGGAAGGAGGAGAUCAAGAUGAACGUGAAGAGCGGAGGUGAGGAUGCCCAGCCAGUCAGAAGACAGGAGGCACCAGGUGGAGAUCCCACGAAAGGAACGGCAGGAGCAGCAGCAGGAAAGUCCUUCAGCAUUGUGAGCUACAUUCUCCUGGCUCUGUUUGUCCUGCUGAUGGUGAUGUUCGUUGUGGAAAUGCUCAAGUUUCGACAGAUAUCCAGUGAAAUUAAGGAUCUGAAGGAUGAUAUGACAAAGAAACUUGCGAGAGUGAAGGAGGAGUUGAUCACUGAAACCCAGAAGGGUCAUGGCCAGUUGGUGCAGGGACAGGUGCAGGGACAGAGAAAGAUUGAAAGCGGAAUUUCGGAUUUGAAGGAGCAAAUGCGCAAAUGGCACGGUGACCUGCGGGCUCAGAUAGCAGACAUGAAGAACAACUGUCGGCCCCGGUUUGAGUGCCCCAAGCAGUGGACGUUAUUUGGUCAGAAAUGUUACUACUUCUCAUCAAACAUGGAAGACUGGAAAUCAUCCCAGACGCUUUGCUCUUCACAAAUGGCCAACUUGGUUGUGAUUGACCGUUCUGACAAACAGGAAUUUAUUAAAAACGAGAUCAGGGCACCACCCUAUUGGAUCGGCCUGAGGAACUCAAGCUCGGAUAGAGCCUGGCUCUGGGUGGAUGGUACCGAUUAUCCUUCCUCAAAGAAAUUCUGGUCCUCUGAUGAGCCAAGGAGUAUUGCAAAUUCCGAAACAUGUGCGACUACAAAUCUUGAUGGGAAAUGGGUUGUUCGUUCGUGCAGUGAAAGAAUUAAUUUCAUCUGUGAACGACCUGUGUUCUGUCAUUUUAAAUAAUUCUUUACUGAGCUAAAGACCUGAGUCUUUUGUUUUUAAACAUAUUUUCUGCUCCUGUGUUGUAACCAUGGUCUAAACACCAAAUAAAAUUGUUGUCUUGAACUUCGUUCUGUCAAACCUAGCAAAAAAAGCUGACAUUUCCCCUAUUCAAUGGCCAUUGGUGCAAUUUAAUUCUGCAGCUAGAGUGCUUCUUUUAACCUAAGAAUACAGUAUUUAAUGUUUCCUUUAUUGUGCUUUAUCUACCAUUGCAAUACCCCCUCUGACUUUGCCACAAAUGGUAUCAGUGGGUUUUCAUGUCUAUUUCUCUUCAGCGAGAAUCUAAGUUUCCAUCAAAUGUGUACUGUACCAAAAGAUAAGUCUCCUUGAUAUACAGUAAGCUAAUGGGAGAGCCUGCGGCUCUCUUCUUUGUGGCAUAGUGCAGCUGUAGUCCGACAUUCACCCUGCUCCAAUUAUAUUUGUCAAGUUGCGGAACUGUCCAUUCGUGAGAAAUGUGCGUACCCAUAGUAAUCACAUGACACAGAUCACAUGAUCACUCCCUGCUUACAGAACUGUGCCCCAAGAGUAUAAAGUAAUCUUUCAAUGGAUCAUUUGUUUUGUAUUCUGUGGAUCAGAUAUGCACAGGCUGCAAAUAAAGGCCAUGCUCAAGUGAAGUGUCAGUAGUCAGCAAAGUAAAUUCCCCCGACGUCCAAGCGUACAUACAUUUUGUUUCAAAUGCAGUUUUAAUCUCUUUCUGUUUGGAAGAAUGUAACUAUUGCCUUUUGUGAAUGUUUACACUGUGGAUCAGACCAAUUCAAUAAAACAAA